AUGGCUACAAAUGUCCUUCCGAACGAUAAAUCUAAUUCAAACAAUCAUGUUCAAUGUUUUGAUUUAUUUCAUUUAAUCUGGCUCGAUGAUGAUGAUUCAGGGAAAGAUGAAAAUGAUGAAUAUAUGUUACGUAGUACUCUCAUAAAAUUCACAAAGUAUCAAGAUGUGAUAUCAUGUCGACAAUAUAUUGAAAAUUUAUCAGCAAAUAAUCGACUAGUACUUCUAAUUAGUAAUCAUUUAAGUAACGAAAUAAUACCGACGAUUCACAAACUCCAGCAAGUUUCUUUAAUCUGUGUUUACGGUGUAACUAAUGAACAAUCGUUCGAACAAUUUAGCAAAGUCAAAAUAAUUGUCGCUAAACUUAAGUAUUUUAUUUCUACAAUUCGUCUCAAUUUUCGAAUGUAUCAACAAGACCAAAGGUCAUCAUUGAACAAUAUGUUUACUAUAAGCACAGGUAAUUCCACUCUAGAAGUAAAAGGUGAGUUUGUUUUUUUUCAAACACUCAUCGAUUGUCUUCUAAAAAUGAAGCCAAAUAAACGAGAUGAAAAUGAAUUAAGAUCUUAUCUGGAAAAAAAGUACGAAAAUAAUACCAAAACGCUCAAGUUUAUUCGUACAUUUUAUGAUACUUAUUCACCUGAUGAAAUAUUUGAUUGGUAUACUACCCAACCAUUUGUAUAUGAUAUAAUGAAUACUGCACUACGUCAACAAGAUAUUCAUAUGAUGGUUCUGUGGCGUUCAUUUUUUUUCGAUAUGUAUCAUCAACUACGUGAAUUGCAAUUGCAAGAUCAAAUAGAAGUUUAUCUAGGUCAAAAUAUUUCUAAACACGAGUUGGAAACUCUUAAAAGUAGUAUUGACAAACUUAUUUCCCUCAAUUCAUUUUGGUCAACAAGUCUUGACCGUGAUNUGCGACGCACGGAUCGUUUACAUAUAUCACGAUGA